GGCGUGCGGCGCGGGGCCCACUGCCGGCCGGGCUGUCAAGGCGCGCUGCCUACCUGCACGGCGCCGCGCGGCACCAGUGACGCCAGCCUGGGCCAGGGCGAGGUGACGACGGCCGUUUUGCGCCGCGAGGGAGGAGGUUCUCGACGACGACGACCCGCGUCCGACGCGCGGGAGCUUCCGUGACAUAGUGGUGGUGGUGGUGCUGGGGCGACGGUGUGGAAAACGAAGCAGUUGUGUCGUGUCUGGAGAGAAAUGUGUCUGUCCAUGCGGCGAGUGCAGUGAAACACAACCGAGUGCGCGCGGACUUCGGUGCAGUGGUGUGGUGGCUGGAACAGUGUGUGUGUGUGCCUGUGGUACAGCAGUGAUGCGCCCAACCGGGUGAAGGAGGGCGUCCUCGCGGCAUGGUCGUGCGGCUGGUCCAGUGAGAUAUGGGCCAACGUCGUUGUAAACGUAAGCUGGAGGCGCACAACAACAACAUUAGCAGCAACAACAACAGCGGCAGGAUGUGGCUGGUGCUGGUGGCGCUGGUGUGCGGGUGCGCGGGCGCGGCGCGCGGGCCGCUCACGCAGUGCGGACAGGCGCGCGACGGCGAGGCGCUGCUGGGCGCGCUGCUGCCGCUGCACCGGGGCGCGGGCUGCGGCGCCGCGUCCCUGAGGGGCGCGCAGCUCGAGGCUGCGCUCAGGGCCGCGCUGGACCGCGUCAACAGGGACCUGCGCCGCGAGGGCAUCUCCAUCAGCUGCCGCAUCCUAGACACGUGCUCCAGGCCCGACGAGGCCGUGAAGGCGGCCAUGCGCGCGCUGGUGGCCUCAGACCAGACGUGCCUCAGCCCGCCACUGUUUCUCGGCCUCAUCGGUCCAGAGGACCCCGAGAGUCUGGACGCCGCCCUCAAGGUGACGGGCGUCUUCGAGACGGUGCACGUGGUCCCGUGGGGUGAGGCCCAGGGCGACGGCGUGCUGCACGUGGCCAAGCUCGACCCGGAGGAGCGCGCGCAGAGCGUCAUGCUGCUGGUGCGCCGCCUGCGCUGGCCCUCCUUCCUGCUGGUGCACGGCGACGACGUCGCCUCCGAGGACGUGGCCGGCGAGGUGUCGCGCCUCGCGGACCAGGACCCCGACGUGUGCGCGCAGCGCCGGGUGCUGAGCCUCGCCGAGGACACGCGCGGCGACAGCGACGUGGCCUGGGCCAUCUCCAAAGGUGCGGCGCCGCCGGCGGAGGUUCUUUUCCUACGCCGGUAGUAGAAUUAAGUAAGCCGGGCGGACGGGCGCAAGUGGUUUAAUGGGGACGCAUUAUGCGAAUAACGCGUCGGCAAACUGGCCCGGCAGCCUCAUGUACAGCAUGACGAGCGAGGGGCGCAAGUUUCGUCAGCCCACUCCUCCGCCCCCAAACGCGAGCACACAACUAUUGUCUGCCAAAUGCCAAAGGUGUGUGAGUCUAAAUUCCAUUUCCAUAUAUCGGCCAUGAUAGGCGUCGCAGCCGCCGGCGGCCGGCUGCUCCGCUCCGAGGGCCCUGUUGAGCAUGGCGAAAGAGGAAAUGUGACAGACAAAUAA